AAAGUCAUUCAUCAGGGUUCGGCGUUAGUCAUGGAUGACCCUUCAUUUAUCACUGAUCCGGUGCUGGAUAGACACAUAGCGCACUGAUUGGACGCAGCGGGGGGACCAGUAGCGCUUCACAUCCACCGCCGAGCUAGAUCCAGAGCUGAGGAAACACACUCUUGCGCGAAUUAUCUGUACUCUCGCAGCGCUUUCAGUUAGACAUGCACGCGCGCACUCCCGGCUUUGUUGUAUCUCUGUGAGGAAACAGCGGCUGCUCGUGUAACUCCGUAUCUCGGUGUAUCCGGACGGCGGCGGCUGAUAUUCGGCGUAUACGCACAUGAGCGCUGGACACAUCGAUCACCCCCGACUGAUCUCCUCCGUUUGCUCUUGCAUUCAGAGAGGUCAACAUCUGAGUGAAUCUCGCGCUCUCCGGACUAUGUCGUUUGGACGGGAGUUGCUGUUUGAAGCGAGUUGAGGAGGACUUGUUUUGCAAGAAACAUCUCUCUGUUUUGUCUUUCCCUGAAGAAGUUGACCGUCGUUUAGUGAAGUUUUCUCAAUGGGAUGCUGAAACACAUCAACAGCAGGUAGACAACAGUAAGCUCACAGUCGGGUGGAGCCUGUGGCGAGCGAGCGCUCCGAUUGGUUGCCGUGUUGCGUUUCACCGCGUCAUGCGGGCAGGAUGGAUGUGAAAGAACGCAGGCCGUACUGCUCACUGACCAAGAGCAGGAGAGAGAAAGAGCACCGCUACACGGGCUCAUCCGGCGACAGCGAGGACUGCCGCGUGCCCACCCAGAAGUCCUACAGCUCCAGCGAGACGCUCAAGGCCUUCGACCACGACUCCUCACGCCUUCUGUACGGAGGCCAUGUCAAAGAGAUGGUCCACCGAGAGGCAGACGAGUAUAGCCGCCAAGGCUUCAUCAAAAUAUACAGCAGUCAAGGGCAGAACUUUAACCUGAGGCAGCUGGGAAUAUGUGAGCCAGCCACACGCCGUGGCCUGGCCUUCUGCGCUGAGAUGGGCCUCCCCCACCGCGGCUACUCCGUUGGCGCAGGCUCAGACGUGGACACUGAGAACGAGCGGGUGAUGUCACCGGAACGUGCCAUGCGCCUCUGGGGCAGGGGUGUGAAGUCUGGCCGCAACUCCUGCUUGUCCAGCCGCUCCAACUCAGUCCUGACCCUGACCGACACAGAGCACGAGAACAAAUCAGACAGUGAGAACGGUUCUCCCAUGCCAUCCUCUCUCUCCAGUCCAUCAGUCACUGAGCAUUCCCAUUCUCAACCACCCUCACCCAAUCUCCAUGACAACCAGAGUUCCGUCUUAAGUAAUGCCACCACGCAGGCAGUGCAGGACUCUGAUUCGGAAGAAGAGUACACUUCCGCUCUCUAUAGAACCGUAACGCAGCCUGCCCUCAGCCACAGCUGUAAUGAGCAACCGUCCAAUCAGCACCAGCAGGGCCAGUCCACGCUGCCACCGGUGCCGCCCCCGCACAAGCAGCAGCCGUCGGUGACGGCGCUGAACCACAACUCUGUGAGCAGCCGCAGGAACGUGAGCCCGGCCCCUCCGGCCGCCCUCCCCGCCGAACUGCAAACCACACCUGAGUCAGUGCCGCUGCAGGACAGCUGGGUCCUGGGCAGCAAUGUGCCGCUGGAGAGUAGGCACUUUCUCUUUAAGACAGGCACCGGCACCACUCCUCUGUUCAGCACGGCCACGCCAGGCUACACCAUGGCCACGGGGGCAGUCUACUCGCCCCCCACACGGCCCCUGCCCCGCAACACACUCUCCCGCAGCGCUUUCAAGUUCAAGAAAUCCUCUAAGUACUGCUCAUGGAGGUGCACGGCCCUCAGUGCCAUGGCUGUCUCCAUACUGCUCUCUGUACUGCUCUGUUACUGCAUUGCCAUGCAUCUCUUUGGAUUGAAUUGGCAGCUGCAAGAGACUGAGGGCUAUGCUUUUGAGAACGGCCAGGUCAAAUCUGACGUCACGGCAACCAACGCAGUUACUGCCCUGUCUACUGAGAACAGAGUUUACUUUCAAGAGAAUAACACCAUAGACACAGGUGAGGUGGAUGUGGGCCGUAGAGCAGUACAGGAUGUCCCUCCAGGAACUUUUUGGCGCUCUCAGCUCUUCAUUGACCAGCCACAGUCCCUCAAGUUCAACAUCUCUGUCCAGAGAGGCGCCCUGGUGGGGGUCUAUGGCCGGAAAGGCCUGCCGCCCACACACACUCAGUAUGACUUCGUGGAGCUGUUGGAUGGCAGCCGUCUGAUAGCUAAAGAGAAGCGUGGACUGGUGAAGGUGGAAGGAGCAGCCAGGAAGGCUCGUUCAGUUAAUGUUCAUGAGGCAGAGUUCAUCCGCUACCUGGACUCAGGCACCUGGCACCUCGCCUUUUACAAUGACGGCAAAAACACUGAGCAGGUCUCCUACAACACCAUCAUCAUAGAUACCCUCACAGAGUGUCCACACAAUUGCCAUGGUAACGGAGACUGUCGCUCGGGAACAUGCCAUUGUUUCCCAGGGUUCCUUGGGCCUGAUUGCUCACGAGCCGCUUGUCCAGUGCUGUGUAGUGGCAAUGGGCAGUACUCCAGGGGGCGCUGUCUUUGUUACAGCGGCUGGAAGGGGACAGAGUGUGACGUUCCUAGCAGCCAGUGCAUCGAUAUUCACUGCAGCGGACACGGAAUCUGCAUUAUGGGCACCUGCGCCUGCAACACAGGCUAUAAAGGAGACAACUGUGAAGAAGUGGACUGCCUGGACCCCUCCUGUUCAUCUCAUGGAGUGUGCAUUCACGGAGAGUGCCACUGCAAUCCAGGAUGGGGCGGCAACAACUGUGAGAUCCUGAAGACUAUGUGCCCAGACCAGUGCUCGGGACACGGAACCUACCAGACGGAGAGCGGCACCUGCACCUGUGACACCAACUGGACUGGACCCGAUUGCUCCAUCGAGGUGUGUGCAGUGGACUGUGGCUCUCACGGUGUGUGUAUUGGAGGAAGCUGUCGCUGUGAAGAGGGCUGGACCGGUUCGGUAUGCGAUCUGAAAGCUUGUCACUCACGCUGCACUGAACACGGUACCUGCAAGGACGGCAAAUGCGAAUGUCACCAGGGCUGGACCGGAGAACAUUGCACCGUUGCUCACCCGGAGACGUAUGUCCAAGGAGAGAGGAUAGGAUUUAAAGAGGGAUGCCCAGGUCUGUGCAACAGUAAUGGACGCUGCACGCUGGAUCAGAAUGGCUGGCAUUGUGUCUGCCAACCAGGCUGGAGAGGGGCCGGCUGUGACGUUGCCAUGGAGACUCUCUGCGCAGACGGCAAGGACAAUGAAGGAGAUGGCCUGGUGGACUGUAUGGAUCCGGACUGUUGCCUGCAGAGCUCGUGUCAGACUCAACCCUUCUGCCGUGGCUCUCCUGACCCCAUCGACAUCAUCGGCCAGAACCAACCCGCAAGCCCACAGCAAGCCGCCCAGUCAUUCUAUCAGCAAAUCAGCUUCCUCAUUGGCCCAGAGAGCACGCAUGUUAUUAACGGAGACAACCCCUUUAACAGAAGCCUGGUGUCCAUUAUCAGAGGGCAGGUGCUCACUGCAGAUGGUACACCCCUGAUUGGAGUCAACGUGUCCUUUGUGCACUACCCAGACCACGGAUUCACCAUCACAAGGCAGGAUGGCAUGUAUGACAUUCUGGCCAAUGGCGGAGCAUCACUGACGCUGAGCUUCGAGCGGGCACCGUUUCUGACGCAAUUCCGUACAGUAUGGAUCCCGUGGAAUGUCUUCUACGUAAUGGACAUGCUGGUAAUGAAGAAAGAGGAAAACGACAUCCCCAGCUGUGACCUGAGUGGCUUCAUUCGACCCAGCCCUCUCAUUGUGGCCACACCACUCUCCACCUUCUUCCGAUCCUCACCCGAAAACGGCCCCAUCAUUCCAGAGACACAGGUUCUUCAGGAGGAGACGGCGAUUCCGGGUAGCGACCUGAACCUUAUGUAUCUGAGUUCGCGGGCGUCUGGCUACCGGCCAGUGCUCAAGGUGACCAUGACCCAAGCCACUAUCCCCUUUAACCUCAUGAAGGUGCAUCUGAUGGUGGCAGUGGUGGGACGUCUCUUUCAGAAGUGGUUCCCUGCAGAACCCAACCUGUCCUACACCUUCAUCUGGGAUAAAACAGAUGCAUACAACCAAAGAGUUUAUGGCCUAUCAGAGGCUGUGGUGUCUGUGGGAUUUGAGUAUGAGUCCUGUUUGGAUCUGAUCUUGUGGGAGAAAAGAACAGCCAUCCUCCAAGGUUAUGAACUCGACGCCUCGAACAUGGGAGGAUGGACCCUAGACAAACACCACAUUUUAGAUGUUCAGAAUGGCAUCCUGUACAAAGGCAACGGUGAGAACGUCUUCAUCUCCCAGCAGCCUCCAGUGAUCAGCACCAUCAUGGGUAAUGGGCGCAGGCGGAGCAUCUCCUGCCCCAGCUGUAAUGGCCAAGCUGAUGGCAACAAACUGCUGGCUCCAGUGGCCCUCGCCUGUGGAUCUGAUGGCAGCCUGUUUGUCGGUGACUUCAACUACAUCAGACGCAUCUUUCCCUCGGGAAACGUUACCAGUGUUAUGGAGCUGAGAAAUAAAGAUUUCAGACAUAGCAACAAUCCUGCACAUAGAUACUUCCUAGCAACAGACCCGAUGACAGGUCAGCUGUAUGUUUCGGACACCAACUCACGACGGAUCUUUAGGCCGAAAGCCCUGACAGGAGCCAAAGAGCUGCUGCAGAACGCAGAGGUUGUGGCAGGGACCGGAGAGCAGUGUCUGCCAUUUGACGAGGCUCGAUGUGGGGAUGGAGGCAAGGCCACUGAGGCGCUACUGCUGGGACCCAAAGGCAUUGCUGUGGAUAAGAAUGGGUUCAUCUACUUUGUUGAUGGUACCAUGAUCAGGAAAGUAGACCAGAAUGGCAUCAUCUCAACAAUGCUGGGGUCUAAUGACCUCACAUCUGCUCGGCCUCUGACCUGUGAUACCAGCAUGCAUAUUGGACAGGUGCGUUUAGAGUGGCCUACAGACCUGGCCAUCAACCCUAUGGACAACUCCAUCUAUGUGCUUGACAACAACGUUGUACUACAGAUAACCGAGAACAGGCAGGUGCGCAUUGUGGCAGGCAGACCUAUGCAUUGCCAGGUGCCAGGCAUCGAGUAUACCAUGGGAAAGCGUGCCAUCCAGACCACUCUAGAAGGUGCAACAGCCAUCGCUCUCUCCUACAGCGGUGUGCUCUAUAUUGCCGAGACGGAUGAAAAGAAGAUUAACCGCAUCAGACAAGUCAGCACGGAUGGCGAGAUUUCUCACUUGGCAGGAGCACCCUCUGACUGCGACUGCAAGAAUGACGCUAACUGUGACUGUUACCAGACAGGCGAUGGGUAUGCCAAAGACGCAAGGCUAAAUACUCCUUCCUCUCUGGUGGUCUCUCCUAAUGGAACGCUCUAUGUAGCUGACCUGGGAAACAUUAGAAUCCGUGCCAUACGUCACAAUCGACCUCCACAAGGCUCUUCGGGUCUUUAUGAAGUUGCAUCACCUGCUUCUCAAGAACUCUAUGUGUUUGACUUCAAUGGAACGCAUCAAUAUACUAUGAGCUUGGUCACUGGUGACUACAAAUACAACUUCAGCUAUAGCAAUGAAGAUGAUAUCACUGCUGUAACAGAUAGCAGUGGAAAUACGCUCCGGGUUCGUCGUGACCCCAAUCGAAUGCCAGUGCGUAUUGUUGCCCCUGACAACCAGGUUAUUUGGCUGACAAUUGGUACAAAUGGAGGGCUUAAGACUCUCACAGCACAGGGGCAGGAGUUGGUGCUCUUCACCUACCAUGGUAACAGCGGCCUGCUAGCCACCAAGAGCAUCCAAAUUGGCUGGACCACAUUUUAUGACUAUGACAGCGAGGGACGUCUGACAAAUGUGACAUUCCCCACUGGGGUUAUCACCAGUCUAAUUGGGGAGAUGGACAGAGCCCUAACAGUGGACAUUGAGACCUCAGGACGAGAUGACGAUGUCAGCAUCACCACCAACCUCUCUUCCAUUGAUUCUUUUUACACAUUAGUUCAAGAUCAACUAAGAAACAGUUACCAGGUGGGCUAUGAUAACUCUAUGAGGGUCAUCUAUGCCAAUGGAAUGGAUUCUCACUUCCAGACUGAGCCUCAUAUUCUUGCGGGUGCAUCCAACCCGACAGUGGCCAGAAGAAACAUGACCCUGCCUGGAGAGAAUGGACAGAACUUGGUGGAGUGGCGUUUCAGAAAAGAACAGAAUAGGGGGAAAGUCGUAGUAUUCGGCAGGAAACUCAGGGUCAACGGUAGAAACCUGCUGUCUGUGGAUUAUGACCGCUCACUGCGCACAGAGAAAAUAUAUGACGAUCAUCGAAAGUUCCUUCUGAAGAUUGUGUAUGAUGCCUCUGGUCAUCCUACACUGUGGGUGCCCAGCAGUAAGCUGAUGUCUGUCAACCUCACCUAUUCCGGCACUGGUCAGGUCACAAGCAUUCAGAGAGGCCCCACAGUCGAGAGGGUAGAAUACGACAGCCAGGGACGCAUAGUCUCCAGAACCUUUGCAGACGGCAAAAUCUGGAGUUACACCUAUUUGGACAAGUCUAUGGUGCUGCUUUUACACAGCCAGCGGCAGUACAUCUUUGAUUACGAUCUGCAGGAUCGACUCUCCGCCAUCACUAUGCCAAGUGUGGCCCGUCACACCAUGCAAACUAUCCGCUCUGUCGGCUACUACCGCAACAUCUACAAUCCACCUGAAAGUAAUGCUUCAGUUACGGUGGACUACAGUGAGGACGGCCAGCUCUUGCGGGUGGCACACUUGGGCACUGGCCGACGUGUCCUUUAUAAGUAUCGGAGACAGAACAAGCUGUCCGAGAUCCUAUAUGACAGCACACGGGUCAGCUUCACCUAUGAUGAGACAGCAGGUGUGCUGAAAACUGUCAACCUACAGAGUGAGGGUUUCAUUUGUUCUAUCAGAUAUCGACAGAUAGGUCCACUGGUGGACCGGCAGAUAUUCCGCUUCAGUGAGGACGGCAUGGUCAAUGCCCGCUUUGACUACACCUAUGACAAUAGCUUCCGAGUAACCAGCAUGCAAGGAGUCAUCAACGAGACCCCACUUCCUAUAGAUCUUUAUCAGUUUGACGACAUUUCCGGCAAGGUUGAGCAGUUUGGGAAAUUCGGCGUCAUCUAUUACGACAUUAACCAGAUCAUAUCAACAGCUGUCAUGACCUAUACAAAGCACUUUGAUGUCCAUGGCCGCAUCAAGGAGAUCCAAUACGAGAUCUUCCGCUCCCUCAUGUACUGGAUCACUAUCCAGUAUGACAACAUGGGCCGUGUCACCAAAAGAGAAAUAAAGAUCGGCCCUUUUGCCAACACUACCAAAUAUGGCUAUGAAUAUGAUGUGGACGGGCAGCUGCAGACAGUCUACCUGAAUGAGAAAAUGAUGUGGCGGUAUAAUUACGACCUGAACGGCAACCUACACCUGCUGAACCCUGGCAACAGUGCACGACUCACUCCCCUCCGUUAUGACUUACGGGACCGCAUCACACGACUGGGCGACGUGCAAUAUCGUAUGGACGAAGAUGGCUUUCUGCGCCAAAGGGGUACGGAGAUCUUUGAGUACAACUCCAAGGGCCUCUUGGUUCGGGUGCAUAGUAAAGCCAGUGGCUGGACCAUCCAGUACCGCUAUGAUGGGCUAGGAAGACGCCUGGCCUCUCGCAACAGUCUGGGCCAGCACCUUCAGUUCUUCUAUGCGGACCUCAACUACCCAACACGCAUCACCCAUGUCUACAACCAUUCCAGCUCUGAAAUCACCUCGCUCUACUAUGAUCUACAAGGCCAUCUGUUUGCCAUGGAAAUUAGCAGUGGUGAGGAGUUUUACAUUGCUUGUGACAACACAGGAACACCACUGGCAGUCUUCAGCAGCAAUGGGCUUCUCCUCAAGCAGGUGCAAUAUACUGCUUAUGGAGAGAUCUAUUUUGACUCUAACCCUGACUUUCACUUGGUUAUUGGAUUCCAUGGUGGCCUAUAUGACCCUUUAACAAGAUUGCUGCACUUUGGAGAGCGGGACUAUGACAUUCAAGCUGGCCGUUGGACCACCCCAGAUAUAAGCACCUGGACCAGGGUGGGCAAGGACCCAGCUCCCUUCAACUUGUAUAUGUUCUGCAAUAAUAAUCCCAUCAGCAAGGUGCAUGAGGUCAAGGAGUAUGUCACAGAUGUCAACAUCUGGCUGGUGACAUUUGGCUUUCACCUGCAUAAUGUCAUCCCAGGAUUUCCUAUCCCUAAAUUUGACCUUACCCAACCAUCACUGGAAAUGAGGAAGAGUCAACUAUGGGACGACCUACCGUCCAUCUCAGGGGUCCAGCAGGAGGUUAUGAGGCAGGCCAAGGCUUUCCUAUCUUUUGAGAGGAUGCCAGAGAUCCAGUUAAGCCGACGACGUUCAAGCCGUGAAAAACCUUGGCUGUGGUUUGCCACAGUCAAAUCCCUCAUUGGUAAAGGUGUGAUGCUUGCCAUUACCAGUAAGGGCCAGGUGGCCACCAAUGCACUGAACAUAGCAAAUGAGGACUGCAUUAAAGUGGCCACUGUCCUCAAUAAUGCCUUCUAUUUAGAGGAUCUGCACUUCACAGUGGAAGGCCGUGACACGCACUACUUCAUAAAGACCAGCCUGCCCGAGAGUGACCUGGGUGCCCUGCGACUCACCAGCGGUCGCAAGAGUCUAGAAAAUGGUGUCAACGUAACAGUGUCACAGUCCACCACUGUGGUCAAUGGACGGACACGUCGCUUCGCAGAUGUGGAGCUGCAAUAUGGCGCAUUGGCUCUACAUGUGCGCUAUGGCAUGACACUGGAUGAGGAGAAGGCACGUGUCCUAGAGCAGGCCCGCCAGAGAGCACUGUCAAGUGCAUGGGCACGGGAGCAGCAACGUGUACGUGAGGGAGAGGAGGGAGUGCGUCUUUGGACAGAGGGGGAGAAGAGGCAGUUGCUCAGCUCUGGGAAGGUGCUGGGUUAUGACGGCUACUAUGUACUAUCAGUGGAGCAGUACCCUGAACUGGCCGACAGUGCCAACAAUAUCCAGUUCCUGAGGCAGAGCGAGAUUGGGAAGAGGUAACAGUCUGCACAGCACAGACUGUUCAUCAGACUACUGCCCCUCUGCUCCACAAGCUCCUCUCUCCCGUGUACACACUCCCAGAGCUCCUAUCCCAGAGACUAAAGGGAAAGGGUUUGUUUGAGAAGUGAGGAGUUGUGGCUAAGUGCCACACACACUGCAGUUAUACAAAAAAACCUGAGGCACUUCCUCUCAUUGACUGAACACACCCCCAUCCUACAUAUUUGUUCACAUUAUUGCAUUGAAUGGAUAAUGGACUCUCUAAGAGAGCUACCCAAGAAAAACUCAGUUAUGAUUUGUUUUUGUCUUUUUUAUGUAAAACUUUAAAGGUGUCUUGGUCAGUGAUAAAAUGGAGACAAAAAGGCAAAUGUGUUUACAUGCGCAGACCACUGCACCCAGAUGAACUAAUAUAAUGCCUUUUUCGCAAGGCAGUGACUGUAAUUCAGUGGUUCGUACUGUCCUUGCUCUCAGCAACAUGUUUUGUCAACUAGUGAGGACUGGGGUUUCAGACUGUGAGCUAGUUGAUCAUUUCUCUUCUGCUUUGAUUUCUUAAGGGACACAGUUGUGGUUCAUAUAAUCAAAUCUGAGUGUACUCAUUCCUGGUCACUCUCUCAUUCCUGAACCAACCCAGGUGGUGAAUAGAGCGGAAACUGACAGAACAAAAUAUAUAAAUAUACAUCUCAUAACUGACCGGUACUUUGACAAGAGAUGUUAGAAUAUCUUUAUGGAUUUUUUUUUUAAGUAAAAAAAUUUCACCUAUCCGUACAACAAUAUUAGUCGCAGAGAAAGUAAUUUAUGUACAGUGUUUAUACAUAAAAAUAAAAUCUUACAAAUAUUGAGA